AUGAUUAGAACAUUAUUAAGACCAUCAACUUUUAGAUUAGCUACUACUCCUGUUUCUAUUAGAACUUUCUCCACAUUUCCAACUAGAUUCCAACUUUUAAACAAGAAUGCUCAUCAAUACAAAUACUUACAUGAAAAGAAACCAGUUGCUACUAGAUUUACUGAAGAUCACGAAUGGGUCAAUUUAUAUGAUGAUGAUUCUGCUUUUGUGGGGAUUACUCAAUAUGCUGCUCAAGCUUUAGGUGAUGUUACUUAUGUUGAUUUACCAGCCAUUGGUGAUCGUGUAGAAAAAGGUGAAGCCCUUGGUUCUGUUGAAUCUGUUAAAUCUUCCGCUGAUGUUUAUUCUCCAGUUGAUGGUGAAGUUGUUGGUGUUAACCUUGGUUUGGAAAGUGAACCAGGUACUUUAAACCAUGACCCAACUGUUGAAGGUUGGAUUGUUCACAUUAAAUUGGACGAUGCUACACAAAUUACCAACUCUGAAACUUUAAUGAAUGAAGAACAAUACGUCAAGUUCGUUGAAGAAGAAGAAGACCAUUAG